GCAGCCGAGGAGGGAGGGCUCGCGAGAGUUCAGGGAGGCCGCCCCGAGAUUCCGGCGCGGCCUCGGGACCCACCUCCCGGGGGCGGGGCGAGGGCGGAGCGGGGAGAAGGGAGCGGACGGGCGCCAGGCCGGCUGCGGUCCGUGCGGAGGCUGAGCCGGCCGCGGGCGCGACCGGAGGCAGUUUCUGUUACUAUGGCAAUGACGGCAGGGACUACAACAACCUUUCCUAUGAGCAACCAUACCCGAGAAAGAGUGACGGUAGCCAAGCUCACACUGGAGAAUUUUUACAGCAACCUAAUUUUACAACAUGAAGAGAGAGAGACAAGGCAGAAGAAAUUAGAAGUGGCCAUGGAAGAGGAAGGAUUGGCAGAUGAAGAGAAAAAGUUACGCCGAUCACAGCAUGCUCGCAAAGAAACAGAAUUCCUACGGCUCAAGAGGACCAGACUUGGCUUAGAUGACUUUGAGUCUUUGAAAGUUAUAGGAAGAGGAGCAUUUGGAGAGGUGCGGCUGGUCCAAAAGAAAGAUACAGGCCAUAUCUAUGCAAUGAAGAUACUGAGAAAGGCUGAUAUGCUUGAAAAGGAGCAGGUGGCCCAUAUCCGAGCAGAAAGAGAUAUUUUGGUAGAAGCAGAUGGUGCCUGGGUAGUGAAGAUGUUUUACAGUUUUCAAGAUAAGAGGAACCUUUAUCUAAUCAUGGAAUUUCUCCCUGGAGGUGACAUGAUGACAUUACUAAUGAAGAAAGACACCUUGACAGAAGAGGAAACACAGUUCUACAUUUCAGAGACUGUUCUGGCAAUAGAUGCAAUCCACCAGUUGGGUUUUAUCCAUCGGGAUAUUAAACCAGACAACCUUUUAUUGGAUGCCAAGGGUCAUGUAAAAUUAUCUGAUUUUGGUUUAUGCACGGGAUUAAAGAAAGCUCACAGGACUGAAUUCUAUAGAAAUCUCACACACAACCCACCAAGUGACUUCUCAUUUCAGAACAUGAACUCAAAGAGGAAAGCAGAAACUUGGAAGAAGAACAGGAGACAACUGGCCUAUUCCACAGUUGGGACGCCAGAUUAUAUUGCUCCUGAAGUGUUCAUGCAGACUGGUUACAACAAACUGUGUGACUGGUGGUCUUUGGGAGUGAUUAUGUACGAAAUGCUAAUAGGAUAUCCACCUUUCUGCUCUGAAACGCCUCAAGAAACAUACAGAAAAGUGAUGAACUGGAAAGAGACGCUGGUGUUUCCUCCAGAGGUACCUAUCUCUGAGAAAGCCAAGGACUUAAUUCUCAGAUUUUGUAUUGAUUCUGAAAACAGAAUUGGAAAUAGUGGAGUAGAAGAAAUAAAAAGUCAUCCCUUUUUUGAAGGUGUAGACUGGGGGCACAUAAGGGAAAGACCAGCAGCAAUUCCUAUAGAAAUUAAGAGCAUUGAUGACACUUCAAAUUUUGAUGACUUCCCUGAAUCUGAUAUUUUACAACCAGUGCCAAAUACCACAGAACCAGACUACAAAUCCAAAGACUGGGUUUUUCUCAAUUAUACCUAUAAAAGAUUUGAAGGGUUGACUCAACGUGGCUCUAUCCCCACCUACAUGAAAGCUGGGAAACUAUGAAUGAAGAUCACAUUCGCCCACAACCAAGAGAACUCAGGUAGCUGCAUCACCAGGCUUGCUUGGCGUAGAUAACAAUACACUGAAAUACUCCUGAAGACGGUGGUGCUUAUCGACUAAAAGAGGAAAUUCUACAGGAUUAGGAUUUCUAAGACUACUACAGGAAUUGGUUGGCAGUGCCAGCUGGCUUUUUUUUUUUUUAAUAUUUUAUUAUUUUUGUUAACUUUAUUAUACGAAGGUACUGGAAUAAAAGGAGAGUACAUCCCUUUCUAACUGCACUGCCUACAUGCAUAUUAAGGUCCAUUCUGCCUGUGUGUGCCGUGGCUUUGAACUGUAACACCUCUAAUCAAUUCAGGAGAAACACAUAUCAUAUAAAGCAACAUAGGCUCACCUGUAGGUAACACUGCAGUAUUGCUGUCGUACUGCACUUCUUAUGGGUCUACAUAAUCCGUAAAAGCCAUCUUCCAUAGUUGGUGUUAGAACAUUUGCCCUAUUGUUUGGACAUCUGUAGAAUACAUAUGAUGACAAUUUCUGUAAUGAGUUUAAGAAAUUUUAAAAGAAAUACACUGGUUCUUUAAAAAAUAGAAUUUAUCAUCAAGUUAUUACACAAACUCCACACUAGGGAGUGACAGGUUUAUCAUAAGGAACAGAAAGUUUAACACCUUCACUCAAGCACUCCACUAAUAUAUUUACUUUGCAUUCAGAAAUACAGAUGACUUUUAUAUACAUAGUCUAUAUACGCAUAGGGAGAUGUACUGUAUUAUCUAAAAAGUAAAGUUGCUUUUCGUGUGACAAGAGGACUUCUUUUUUAACAAGAGGACAUGGCAUUAUUUUAUUUGAUUAUGAUGAGUUGAAUUUAAGAAAUGACCAUGAAAGGCUGCUUGUAGAACUAGUGUAUUUUUAUUAAACUAUUUUUUUAAAUGUCAAACUUCUGAUCAUGUAAAUGGACUUGUAGAGAACAAAAUGCUAUUUCCUUUGAUUUUCUAGAAAGUCGUUAACAUAUCAUGGUUGGUUAACUUUUAUUUCUUUGGAUGAAAAGUUUUCUUUGAUAGUACUUGUAUUAUCGUGCCAUUAUUUUCUUAUGCUCCAAAUGUACCAAAGAUCCUGAAACACAGUGGAUGUUCACAACUGAGUAGAGUGUUACUCCUGUGGGAAUGCUGUAUUCAGACGUGACAGAUCUUUGAUCGAGGUCAGCUUAUUCAAGGGCAAUACUGUUCAUGUUUAGCUCCAUCACUGUGGUUGACAUAGAUGGAAGGAAGGAAGGAAGGAAAUGCAGGCUUGGGGCGGGGCUUGGGGGGGUUGGGAUUAGAGGUUAAUGUCAGCAUCAGAUUCUUUGGGUAUUUCCCUAAGAAUUAAAUAAUUUUUUCUAGCCCAGUAUUUUAAUUCUAAUUUAAACAACCCUCUGAGAUUUUUAUUUCCUAAGUACUAGUUGAGGAAUAAUACUUUAGCAAAGAAUAGCCUAAUAUUUGUCUGAAUUGUUAAUUGAUAAAAUAGUUUAAAGAUAGGAUAACUAUAACCAUUACAAAUGAUCUGUGAUCAAAAUCUAAGGUGAUGAUUUAUUGGUAGGAGUGUCUUCCUAAUGGGGAAGAAUUGCAUUAGGAGCAUUACGCAAAUCUACCAGAUUUAUCGAUUCUUUUAUAAAUGUUGCUGCUCGGUAGUGCCACAGCAUUUUAAUGAGGCCAUCCUGUCCUGCCCCCCACACACUUUUUUUGUUCGUUUAAGUAUUUAUUGAGUCCUUAUUCUGUGUUCAUCUAAUAGUUCAUCUCCAUUUUUCCAGUCUGGAUCAUGUGACUGAAUAUUUGGGAGAGAGAGCUAUUAAAACUCUAGGGUUAUCUCAAUUUCACUAAACUCUAAUUUGUCUAAUCAUAACUGCCUUUAAUUUUUAAAAAAUCUUGAAUUUCUACUGGAGUUUCUGAGAUUUUUCUCACCCCCCACGUCACCCCCUUUUUUGAAAAAAAGACGGUUUUUGCUAGUGUGGUCAUGACUAGGUGAACUAUGAGGAAAGUACAACAUUCUCUUGUUCUACAAUGGUAACUAUUUUAGUGUAGAAAAUAUCAUUAAUUCAAGUUGACAGAGAGAGAGAGAGAGAGAGACUGAAACGGAUAUAAAGGAACUGAAUUAUCUAAGUUCACUUUUUAUUGGAUAGGACUAGAGGAUUUUAGUUUUGAUUCCCUUCAUUCUUAUUAUCAGAAGGAACUUGGAAAUAGUUAUAAUUUCUUGGCAGUGGAAGGGCAGUUCUGAAAGCUUACUUUGAAGUCUCAUUCUUCCCUGGAGUUAACAGAGUGAUUCAUAAUCUUUGGGGUUUCCUCCUCAUCAAAAGCAUUUCUUAAGUGCCUAUCUACAAGCAAUUAAAGACUGUGUCUGCCCUUUGGAAGCUGAGAAUUUGAUUCAUGAUGCAAAUUAACUAGAUAAUUUGCAGGUACCCUUGACACUGAAGAUUCUCUAUUAUACAUUUCCCAUAUUUCAGGUGAAUCAUUUAAUUUAAAUAACAAAACCUUAUCUAAUCAACUGGGCAUAAUGACAUUUUCUUUAAAUUAGACUCUAUUUUGAAUUAAAAGAGUUUUAUUAUAAACUGUGUGUUUUUGGUUUUUCUAAGUAUAUAGAAAGCUUGUAUAAUUCAGAUUUAUCAAUUUCCUGAUUUAAUGUAGACUUUGACUUUUUUAUUAAAAACCUUUAUAUUAAAGCAAGUUAUGUUAUUUUUCUUGUAUGCAUUUAUUAUUAACAUAGCUUUAAAUCUUUAAACGUGUUGAAGCAUAGUGUUGUCUGCAAAUAAGGAAUUGCUUAUAAAUCAGCCACUUCUGAAUGGAGAAUAUAGCUGAUUUAGUAAGCUAGUUAGUUGAAUGGAAAAUAACAAGUGUGGAAUAUUAAAAAUAUUCUUUGGUUGCUAAGGCUUAAGGCAGUGUUUCAUUUAUGUCUAUAAUAGCAUAUUUUUCUGUUCUUUAAAUACCUGCAUAUCUUUGUGUAAAUCUUUAAAUUUUUAAAUAUUUUAAGUUUUAAUUAUUAUUUAUUUUUGAUUUUUUUUUUUUUUUGGUAGAAAACCCUUAGACAUUCUCUAUUGAUAGAAGAAAUAGCUAGCUAUCUUUUGAUGAUCCACAAAUAAAUGGAUUGAGAUUUUUAAUCUGUAGAAGUCCCUGGCUACUAAACACAUUCUUUUUUUUUGAAUUGUUGAAAUUCAGGACAUUGAAAGUUACUGUUUUGCUACAACCAUGAUUAUCUCCUCUUUGUCUUUAUUUAAAUUUUAUUUUCUCUUUAGAAGUGCACUUAUUUCUGAAAAAUCUUAGUGAAACACUUAGGACAAAUAUAAAUAUAAGACACUUGGGACUACUAGAAAUACUUUAGAUUUUUAUGAAAAAAUGUCAGGGGAUAUUGUUGCUAUAAAAAGGGAUAAAGUAAUAAAAAUAUAUCUUAGCUAUUUUUUUAAAAGCAAUAUAAUCCAGCAAUUGUCUAGCAAAAUAAUCAUCAGGCUGUUGAGUUUGGUGUUCACUUACUGAGUUUCAAAAAAAUGUUUUGGUGGCAUGAGGGCUUUUUCAUUGAAGGUCAGACCAGAAUAAAAACUAUGUUUACAAAA